AAAUAAAAGAAUCGACAACAUAAGUGUGAUUUCAUUGCAUAUGUGUGUACAUUUUGUUGUUGUUGUUCUGGUUCGUGCUGCUUCCUUUGUAAUUGAGCCAACGGCAUUGAAUUAUUUAACAAGUGCAGUCCGUGAAGACCGUGCAACCCAAAUCAAGAGUUUCUGUGUGUGCACAUGUGUGAGUGUGUGGGGGAGUUGAAAUAAAUAGAGAAAUGCGUGUGAAAAAAUGCAGCCAAAAAUGUUGGCAUUAAAAAAGGUCGAGCAGCUGAGCGUGUAUCUGUGUGUGUGUGCGCGUGUGAGCGUGUGUGAGUGACCAAGCUUGUGCUGCACUCGUUGCUCGAUUAUUUGGGUCAACGUCAACGCUGAAAAGCUGCAGCUAAGCAACAGCAACAGAAACAGCAAAAGAAACAACAACAAGAACAAGAGCAAAUGUUGCAAGUUUUGCUUUGAAGCUCGACAUUUCGAUAAAGCAGCCAGCGCCUAAUCCACCUGUUAAAAGUCGCCCAGCUGGAUGCAACGACUAUGUAGCUCUGAUUGAGGGCACAACACCACCCACAGACUCAAAAACACUGACAACACCACUACAGCAACAACAAUAACAACAACAACAACAACAAGUGCGCCAGGGCCACGUCGUCCACAUAUGCACAUAACAUUGGCUACCCUUGGCUAAUUGAAUUAAGUAAGCAGCGUGGCCAGCUAGCGUGGCUGUAAAGCAAUUAAGGGACAUAGCCACAGCCACAGCCACAGCCAUGGAGACCAGCCAGCAACCGAAGGUGCAUCGUCAGCAUCAGCGCCAGCGUCGCACGGAGGCGCGUCAACGUCGCUUGGAGCGGGAAGCGGCCGCUGCCACCACACCACCCGCCUGCAAUGCAGCCACUGCCAGCGAUCAGGCGCAACUGCAUGCCGCCGAGGAGGGUUGUGCGGCCAAUGCGGCCGCUCUUAACGAACAUGGCAGUAGCCAUGGAAGUGGCUCAAACUCGGUUGUGGCUUCAGCGGGGGUCGGUCGCAUCAGUGCACGCUACUCACAAGAGAAUGAGCGUCAGAGCUCGGCGGAUAGCAUAGAAAUGGUGGGCUCACCCAGUCAAACAUCACAGCAGACAGUGGUGCUGGUCAAUGGGCAUGCACCGCCCUCGCAGGACACGCUGGAGGAGAGCGCUUCCCUGGGCGCUGACGAUGAGCCACCGCCCGAUGCCACGCAACUGGAGGUUGCGGGGGCGGCUGCGGUGCAGUCACCCACACAGCCGGCAAAGCUGAGCGAUGGCAGUCGUAACUCUUCGGGGGAUGCGAUGAGCUUGCGUGAAACGUUGCAGCAGCUGCCGGCCACACUGACGGGUCAUGGUCAUCGCUCACGACGCACACACUCACCACAGUCGCCGGCGCUGCGUUCACUGGAGGCGGAUUCGUCCUUUCAUCGCGGUAUACUGGGCUAUAUGGAUCGCGAGUUGAAGCAGAGUUCGCCCACGCCGUCGGCAUUGAGUGUGGGCGCGGCUAGUAGCGGAGGCGGUGGUGGUAACGGCACGGGUGCCUCACGAAAACAGCAAUCGCUGUCAGAUCCGCAGGCUAGUCCAGCUCAGCGUUCGCUACGUUCUCGCAAUAGCUUUGACAAGAGUCCGCGAAGGAAGCGCAGCAAAUCGGAGUCGCGACGACGUCGGGAACGCAAAUUAAUAGCUGCCGGCGAGAUGGAAGUGCGUCAGGCCAAUGAGACGCUGAUGCGUUACCUGAAACAAUGCUCCGAGAUGAAUGACGCCUCGUUGUCCGGCGAACUGGAAAUCGAUCAGAGCUAUGAUGAGCGACGUGUGCAUCGAAAGACGAAAUCGCAGCGGGACAAGCGGGGCCAACUUAUCAGUAAACUGUACUCAGCUGGUGGCCUAUCCUCCAUAUUGAAGGAGCUGGCCGACGACAUUGCGCCUGCUGAGGGCGAGGAGAUCUACAACCCAUUCACACCGGUCGUCUCGCCCACGGACGAUGCGCCCGCGCACAUCGACAAAAUGUUUCUGCAGACGUCAUCAGGGUAUCGACCAGUGGAGCACAGCUACUACAAACGCUCCUUCGUGGGCGCCGGAGCGCAGCGAGGACAUGGAGGCGGCAUUGUUGGCAAUGGAAUGACCGCAGCGGAGCUGGGUGGCGCUGGUCGCCUCUUUCGUUCCGGCGGGGGCGGCAGCUACGGCGAUACGCGCUGUCUGCUCGACGCGGACUUCAAUCGCAACGAGAUCUCCAGCAACAUACAACUGUCUUGCGUAAUUCAACGAAUUUGGCUGCUCAUCUCAAAUAUAUGCCACGGCCUGCUAGCUGGUCUAGCAUUGGCCCAUUUACUCUUUGUGCUGAGCAGCCAUCCCAUGGACUGGGGAAAAGUAAUUAAGGAUAUGAGUCUUGCUGGCGAGACCAUAGCAACAGUGGCAGCAGCAUCAGCACCAACAACAGCAACCAUCACAGCAUCAACGGCUAAUCUGGGUCUGAAGUUAGGCGAUGGCAACGCGGCCGUGGAAACGUCAAGUGCGGCACCAGCAGCGCCCUUUCCAGGAACAACGGGUGGCGAAACGCUGGCGCUGAUUAGUGACUAUGCGGCUUUUGCGGAAAUCUAUCUGAACACCUUUUACUGCUUGGCCAUCAUUUGUCUGGUGUCGGUAUUCGAUCGGAUGGACAUUUGCCGUUGGAGUUUUUCAAAUGCCAGCGAAUUGAUUUCCUUUCGCUGGCUCAUCAUCACCAUGAUCUAUAUAGCGACAAUAAUCUUAACAAUCUGCUCCGAUUCCAUUGAUGAAAAGCUGUACCUAUUUAAUAAUAACAACGCAAAUCUGACUCUAACGCAACAGGAGCUGCUGAGCAACAGCGUUCAGAGCGUUUGGAGCAGCCUAUCGGUUACGCGAAGCAUUGCCGCUAUCUCUGGAUGGAUAAUGAUCGGAAUGACGCCUAAUGAGGAUAUGCUGUACGAGCAUCUGGUCGAUCUCAGCAAAUAUCAAUUGACAAAUAAUUGAGUUUAAGCUUAGCAGACUAAUUGUAAAUACGAGUAUGUAUGUCAGCCACUGUAUUUCUAGGUACUUAUACUAUAUGUAUAUCUGUAGAGCUCUUAGCGCUGUUGUUGAGUUCCCGGCUUUUUAUAUAUGUGUGCGUGUGAGCCUCGUUGUUAACAUAUAAUCGAAACAAGUUACAAUGGCUAGAAAACCAACCUACAAUAAUUAAGAAUAGUCUUUGUAUAUAAUUAUACGUACAACUAAAUAAUUAAAUGAAUUAAGCUUUAAAAUUGUUUAAACAUCGGCAAUUUUUCAAUUGCUUUGAUGCCCUUCACAGGCCGCUAGAACAAAAUUUAGUUUGUUAAGGACGCACUUAGUGUGCGUGAGUGAGUUGGGCGCGUGUCACGAAACGCACCCAAAUGCUCGCCAGGAGUAGUGCAUAAUAAAUAUAUAUACAUACAGAUAUAGAUACAUAUAUAUAUACAUGAGAAAACCUAUAUGAUUAAAUGUACCUACUAUUUACUAAUGCAUAUAUACGAGAAAUAAUACAUACAAGUAUAUACAAAAUAUGAAAAUGAAAACACAUACAUAUAUAGAGAAUUAUAUAUAGCAGUUUUGCAUAUGUAUUGAAAUACUUUCGUACACAUAUCGUAUAGAAGAAAUCAUUGUUUAAUCAAUUCAUGAAUCGCAAUCGUUGCCACAGCUGGACACAGCGGCUUCCUCAUUUCCCAGACCGACACAGAAGUCAACUUGCAGGAUGCGCGAGGUAUUUAAUAUACAUACAUACAUACAUACAGCAAAAAUUGUACAUAAAUAGCAACUAUAAAUGCAAAUAUAAAUUGCAUAAAAUAAAUAAUCGAAUAUUAUAUGAACGUAUUGGAAGAGAAA